GACACUUAUGUCACGUGGCAGCUUGACAACAACGACUCCAUUGCAUCCACUCAUAGGCUUAUUUAUGCGUUUGGCGAUUUGCGAUUGCAAUAUUAUGAAGAUUCUUUGAUAUUUGCAGAUUUCUAUCUACGCUUGGGUUUGAUAAGAAGCCUCGAAGGUAUUCCUCCUGCUGGUUUUAAAGCUGCAGAAUGGAUCCGACGGCUUCUGGAAUCUUCUGCAGCAGGAUGCUAAGCAUGGUCAACUCUGAGGACGUAAACGCCAUCAUCCAGGCCCAGAGACACAUGCUGGACCGCUUCGAAAAGACCAAUGAGAUGCUCAUUAACUUCAACGGCUUGUCCAAUGUGCGGUUGCAGCAGAUGAAUGACCGCUUUCUGCUUCACACUCGCACCUUAAUUGAAAUGAAGAAGGACUUGGACAGCGUUUUCCGACGAAUAAGGACAUUAAAAGGCAAGAUUGCUAAGCAGUAUCCUGAAGCCUUUUGCAACAUUCGUGAGGCUUCCAGCCUGGAGGACGAUGAUGAUGACUUUGACCCUGUCCCCCCCAGCGUAGCCACCACCACCGCCACGUCUGAACAGAGCACUGAAUCAUGUGACACGAGCCCCGACGUUAUCUCACCCACCAUCAGCCGCUGUUCUGAAGAGCUUUCUCAGGGGAAUCCAGACACUCCGAUCUCGAACAGCCCCGAGAGGGCAGUACUGCUGGAUGAGGGCCCAGAUUCAGUGAAUAUCUAGAGAAUCUGCAGAUUGUUUUCGGACAUGUUGCUAAAGAUUUGGAGUAACCUUGUGCUCUGUAUUUAACAGCCCAUGUGUGGACUUCUCACGUCCAGUCACAUUAACGUACUACUGUUAGACAUUAUCCACAGCUAAAAUAUGCUCUAAGUGUCUUUGCCAAAUGUGUGUUUAGUCAAAAAAAUAAAUGAAACCUUUUUUUCAAUUCCUUUAUUUUUUAGAAAUGAAUGUUAUAUAUGGUAUGUUUUACUAUUUCAAACAGCUUCAUGUCACAUUAAAGUAAAUUGCCUUGCCUAGUAAUUUCUAACUCAUUCUGUAUUUUUAUACGCAUCCUGUUUUAAUUAUUGCUUCUUUAACCUUCAUUUAUUUUAGCAUCCGUGAAAACGGGGCCGCUUGGAUUGUCUUGGUUCUUUAGCUUGGAUAUUCAAGCGUAAAAUAAAUAUGACCGUGUGGAAAGAGGUUUGAUAUCUCAUGGUCAAUACAAUGA